ACCCACCCACCGCAACGCCACACGCGUGAAGCAGAGGCGCAGCGCAUCUGCACGCAGGCAGACGACGUUUAGGAGGGAGACAGAUGUCCCUGCUGUCUAAUGGGCGCCGCUGGACCGGCGGCCCCCUUGUUUUUGCUGCUACUGGUAGACUACGGACGAUGAUAUCAGACGCAUUGAGUUUGACGGUUGCAUUCCUGUUCCUGCUUUGUGCCGCUGGCUUCGCGCAAGAUCAGCGGAUUGCCAGCUUCACCUCGCUGCCUGUGGGCGCGCUCACCGGCUCCUCGCUGUCGGCCCAGGGCAUUGAGCUGUCUGCCGGCAGCAACCCCGUCAGCCCGGCCUGGGGAGAGGUGGUGGACUGCGCGGCGGGCUGGAGCUAUGGCGGCGGCACCAUCAUGACCGCCGCCGGCUGCACGCAGGCCCUGCGCUUCCCGUACGACGACUUCAGCGAGUCGUUCCGUCCUGCCUCGCCCCCCAGCAUGUUCUGGAGCCUCAGCCUCACGUACCGCACCACGCUGCCAUACGUGACCCUGUACCUGUACCCCACCAGCGGCCAGGGCAACGCCAACGCCUGCAAGGUGCGGCUGAACCGCACCGAGCCCAUCGCCAGCCCCAGGCCGCCGGCCUUCGUGUACUCUGCGUCCAACAGUGUGACCGUGACGGCGUCCGAGUGCGGCUGGGGCGCUGGGUCCACGUUCUUCAGCUUUUCAUUUUACGUGGGCGUGGAGGAUCAGCGGAUUGCCACCUUCACCUCGCUGCCUGUGGGCGCGCUCACCGGCUCCUCGCUGUCGGCCCAGGGCAUUGAGCUGUCUGCCGGCAGCAACCCCGUCAGCCCGGCCUGGGGCGAGGUGGUGGACUGCGCGGCGGGCUGGAGCUAUGGCGGCGGCACCAUCAUGACCGCCGCCGGCUGCACGCAGGCCCUGCGCUUCCCGUACGACGACUUCAGCGAGUCGUUCCGUCCUGCCUCGCCCCCCAGCAUGUUCUGGAGCCUCAGCCUCACGUACCGCACCACGCUGCCAUACGUGACCCUGUACCUGUACCCCAGCACCGGCCAGGGCAACGCCAACGCCUGCAAGGUGCGGCUGAACCGCACCGAGCCCAUCGCCAGCCCCAGGCCGCCGGCCUUCGUGUACUCUGCGUCCCACAGUGUGACCGUGACGGCGUCCGAGUGCGGCUGGAGCGCUGGGUCCACGUUCUUCAGCUUUUCAUUUUACGUGGGCGUGGAGGGUAGCGCAGCCGGCAUCGACGUGUUCGAGCUGCUGCUCGAGUCAUUUACGUUGGAGGCCGGAGCAGCGCCCUCGCCGUCGCCGCCCAGCCCCGAGCCGCCCAGCCCAGAGCCACCCAGCCCGGCGCCGCCCAGCCCGCAGCCGCUCGUGUUCGGCAGUUCGCGCACGAUCAACACAAGUAUGCUGCCGCUCGGCGACCUGACCGAAGCUUCGCUGGAGGCCUCCGGGGUUGGUCUUGUUCGCCUCGAAGGCCACAUUGACACUUGGGGAACUGUGGUGGACUGCGCCGCCGGCUGGCUUGGCUUGACAACAUCGUACAGCGGAAUGACUAUACACGUAGCCGCGACGGGAUGUAGCAGGGCCCUGAGCUUUGACACUGAGGGCACAGUGAGCCUAUUCCGCCCAGUGUCCCCGACCAGCCCGUUCUGGAGGCUCACACUUACGUACCGCACGGCCGCGCCAAACGUGGGAGUGGGCUUUUACCAGACUGGCGACACCAAUUACAACUACAGGUGCGAAAAGACGCUAGACCGCACGGAGCCCAUCGUCACGGCGCCCGCGCCGGCCUCCUUCACCUACACCGCACCGCCAAAGACGGUCACCAUGACACCCGCUGAUUGCGUCGGCGGCUGGCCCCCCGGAUCCACCUUUGACAACUUUUACAUCUUUACAACACUGUCGGAUGCUGGCGCCGUGCUGUGGAACUUGAUGAUCGAGUCGUUCACCAUAGAAACUGGCAUGGCUCCGUCACCCUCCCCGAUGCCGCCAACACCAGAGCCCAGAACCGUCCCGUGGCCGCCCAGCCCUGAGCCGCCCAUGCCCAGCCCUGCGCUUCCCAGCACGCGCAGGGUCAGCUUUGACUCGUUUCCGCUCGGGGACCUGACCAGCACAUCACUCCAGGCGAUAGGCAUUGGCCUUGGCGAUCCCACAUUCCCGACAACACCUGUAUGGGGGGAGGUGGUGGACUGCGUGGCGGGCUGGAGCUACGGCUUAGUCAGUAACACCGCCAUGACCGCCGCCGGAUGCGUCAAGACAUUGCGCUUUCCGUAUGCACUAGACACGGGCCGCUUUGCGAUUGCGUCAUCGCCCGUCGACAGGUUCUACAGCCUCACGCUUACGUAUCGCACCACGAUGCCGUAUGCAGACCUGGUUCUACAACCGGUGGACUCGCAGUACUCCCCGUGCACAGUAAAGUUGAAUCGUACGGAUCCCAUCGACAGACGCCAGCCAGAUGUGUUUACCUAUGCCGCGUCCCCUGUCACGGUGACGGUGACUGCUUCUGAGUGUGGCUACGCAGCUGGGUCUGCGUUUUGGAGCUUCCAGUUUUACAUAUCGUAUGGCGAUGACGAUAGUGAAUUGAUUAACGUGUUUGAGCUGCUGAUCGAUUCCUUUGUCAUGGAAACGGAAGCGCCAGUAUUGGCUUCACCCCCCUCACCGGCACCCCCCUCUCCCGCGCCGCCCUCACCUGAGCCGCCCAGCCCCGCGCCGCCCAGCCCCGAGCCGCCCAGCCCGGCGCAGCCCAGCCCCGCGCCCCUAGUGUUCGGCACCAGCCGCGCCGUCGCCUUCACCUCGCUGCCUGUGGGCGCGCUCACCAGCUCCUCGCUGUCGGCCCAGGGCAUCGAGCUGUCUGCCGGCAGCAACCCCGUCAGCCCGGCCUGGGGAGAGGUGGUGGACUGCGCGGCGGGCUGGAGAUAUGGCGGCGGCACCACCAUGACCGCCGCCGGCUGCACGCAGGCCCUGCGCUUCCCGUACGACGACUUCAGCGAGUCGUUCCGUCCUGCCUCGCCUCCCAUCAUGUUCUGGAGCCUCAGCCUCACGUACCGCACCACGCUGCCGUACGUGACCCUGUACCUGUACCCCACCAGCGGCCAGGGCAACGCCAACGCCUGCAAGGUGCGGCUGAACCGCACCGAGCCCAUCGCCAGCCCCAGGCCGUCGGCGUUCGUGUACUCCGCGUCCAACAGUGUGACCGUGACGGCGUCCGAGUGCGGCUGGAGCGCUGGGUCCACGUUCUUCAGCUUUUCAUUUUACGUGGGCGUGGAGGGUAGCUCAGCCGGCAUCGACGUUUUCGAGCUGCUGCUCGAUUCGCUCACCAUGGAAACGGGCAUGGCUCCCUUGUCCUCGCCCUCUCCUCCCUCGCCGGCGCCCCCGUCACCGGAGCCACAAAGCCCUGCACCGCCGAGUCCCCAGCCCCCCAGCCCGAUGCCACCCAGCCCAGAGCCACCCUCGCUGGCACCACCGAGCCCCGAGCCCCCCAGCCCCGCGCCGCCCAGCCCGGCGCCUCUGGCUUUCGGCAGCACCCGCACCGCCAGCUUUGAUGCGCUGCCGCUUGGAAGCCUAACGCUCACGUCGCUGGAGGCACAAGACAUUCGCCUGGCCCACCAAAACGAAAGCAACGCCUUGCCCGGAUGGGGACAGGUUGUGGACUGCGCUGCAGGCUGGACGAACAAUGGCAGUUGGGCUAUGACCGCCACCGGCUGCAACAAGACCCUGCGCCUUACAAAUCAACUAUCGGACUUCUUCCUGCCAUUGUCACCGCCCAGCACGUUCUGGAAGCUCUCGAUUACAUACCGCACAUUUGCGUUCACGGGACUUGUGCUGUACGGCACCGGCGAUGUCAACAAAUUCUGCGAAUGGACGCUGCAGAGAACAGGCGACGUCAAGUACAACUACCGCUGCGAGGUAGUGCUCAAACCCACGGAGACCAUUGCUGGACCCGAGCCGGCCGAAUUCACCUACACCGCCAGCCCCAACACCGUGACGAUGACGCCAGCUGAUUGCGGCUGGGCUGCCGGGUCCACAUUUAACAGCUUCUUCCUCUUCAUGUAUGUGGAGGGGGAUUCGUUCACCAUAGAAACAGGCAUCGCUCCUUCGCCGCCCCCGUCGCCAGCACCGCCGCCGCCCAGGACCAUCCCAUGGCCGCCCAGCCCCGAGCCACCCAGCCCCGCGCCGCCAAUCCCACUGUUAGCGAGCACACGCGUUGUCAGCAUUGAAGUGCUGCCGCUUGGCAAUCUUGCCAGCACCUCGCUUCUGGGUCUCGGCAUUGGUCUAGACGCUGACAUGUAUACUUCAUCGCCUGCGUGGGGCGAGGUGGUGGAUUGCGCCGGUGGCUGGAGCUACGAGGGAACUACCAUGACCGCCGCCGGCUGCAACCAGACCCUGCGCUUUCCGUAUCAGGGUUCUACCGGCAAGUUUUCGCCCCUGUGGGCUCCAAAUGACGGGUUCUACAGCCUCUCCCUGACGUACCGCACCACACUGCCGUCGGUGCAACUGGAGCUUUUUAACUGGCAGGAUUGUACAUUGCGGCUGAACGGCACAGAGUCCAUCGUCAGGCCCAGACCAGCCGCAUUCACCUACGCCGUGUCAAAGACUGUGACAGUGACACCGGAAGCGUGCGGCUGGGCGGCUGGGUCAACCUUCAUCAAUUUUUACUUCUAUGUGCCCCCCAACGAGUACAUCCCUGGUGGUAUUGACGUGUACGAGCUGCUGAUCGAUUCGUUCACCAUGGAAACGCGCAUGGCUCCCUUGCCCUCGCCCUCUCCUCCCUCGCCGGCGCCCCUGUCACCGGAGCCACAAAACCCUGCACCGCCCAGCCCCGAGCCCCCCAGCCCGAUGCCGCCCAGCCCAGAGCCACCCUCGCCGGCACCACCGAGCCUCGAGCCCCCCAGCCCCGCGCCGCCCAGCCCGGCGCCUCUGGCUUUCGGCAGCACCCUCACCGUCAGCUUUGAUGCGCUGCCGCUUGGAAGCCUAACGCUCACGUCGCUGGAGGCACAAGACAUUCGCCUGGCCCACCAAAACGAAAGCAACGCCUUGCCCGGAUGGGGACAGGUUGUGGACUGCGCUGCAGGCUGGACGACUGAUGACAGUUGGGCUAUGACUGCCACCGGCUGCAACAAGACCCUGCGCCUUACGAAUGAACUAUCGGACUUCUUCCUGCCAUUGUCACCGCCCAGCACGUUCUGGAAGCUCUCAAUUACAUACCGGACCACAUUUGCGUACACGGGCCUUGUGCUGUACGACACCGGCGAUGUCAACAACUUCUGCGAACGGACGCUGGAGAGGUCGGAUCCGACCCCCUUGCCCAACCCGACCACGUUCACCUACAUCGCCGCGCCCAUCACGUUUACGGUGACUCCGGCGGACUGUGGCUGGGAUGCUGGGUCUACAUUUGACAGGUUUGCCAUCUUCAUUUACACAUUUAUGGCCGUUGGCCGCGACCGCGUCGAAUUACUGCUUGAUUCGUUCACCAUGAAAACGGGGAGCGCUCCUUCACCCCCGCCCCCGCCCCCGUCACCCCCCAUGCCCCCGCCCCGGCCGCCUUCACCCCCGCCGCUGCCGCCGUCACCCCCGUCACCGGAGCAUAUGGUUUUCGGCAGCACCCGCACCGUCAGCUUUGACACGCUGGAGAUUGGAUUACUGACAGAGACUUCGCUUGAAGCGCAGGGCCUGGCCCUGUCUGACUACCCCUUCGGCACGGGUCACUUUAAAAUGACCUGGGGACAGGUUGUGGACUGCGCCGCCGGUUGGUAUCUCGCAGCAGCAGCAGUAAGCAUGAACGCAGCCGGCUGCAAAAGAAGCCUGCAAUACAAGGAUGAAGGCUUCAGCAGUGCGUUCCGGCCGUUGUCCAGAGUGUCUGAGCCCCCCCCGUUUUGGAGGCUGACGCUCACGUACCGCACAACCUCACCAAACGUGCGAGUGGGCUUCUACAAAACUGGCGACGUUGAAUACUCCAACUUCUGCCAGGUAGAGCUCAAACCCACGGAGACCAUUGCUGGACCCGCGCCGGCCGCGUUCACCUACACCGCCGGUCCCAACACCGUGACGAUGACGCCAGCUGAUUGCGACUGGGAUGCCGGGUCUACAUUCGACAGCUUUUUCUUCUACAUUGCUAUGGCGGAUGAUGAUGCUCCAGUGUCCGAGUUGCUAACCGAUUCAUUCACCAUGGAAACGGGCAUGGCUCCCUCGCCCUCGCCCUCUCCUCCCUCGCCGGCGCCCCCGUCACCGGAGCCACAAAGCCCUGCACCGCCCAGCCCCGAGCCCCCCACCCCGAUGCCACCCAGCCCAGAGCCGCCCUCGCCGGUACCACCAAGCCCCGAGCCCCCCAGCCCCGCGCCGCCCAGCCCGGCGCCUCCCAACCCGCCUAGCCCCCCGCCGCUACCGCCGCCCUCACCGCCUCCUGUCUCGCCGCCGCCGCCACCGCCGCCACCUCCGCCCUCGCCUCCCCCGCCCGACCCGCUUCCUCCCAUAUCUUCGCCACUGCCACCUUCCCCAUCACCCGCGUCGUCGCCUCCGUCUCCGUCACCUGCCUCUCCGUCUCCUGCGCCGCCCUCACCUGCGCCGGUGGUGGCCCCAUCAACCCUCCCUUCACCCGCGCCUCCCACACCAAGCCCAACUGGUAGCCCCGCCACUCCGCCGCCCUCGCCAUCUCCAUCUCCAUCACCGCCCUCGCCCAUUGCGUCUGCCCUACCGUCCCCGCCGGCUCCCCUCCAGCAGUCGUCGUCCCCGCCGGCUUCACCAAUGAUCGUAGCCACCUUCCGCUCCUUCUCCCUGGGGUGCUUUGCCUUUGACGUCGUCUCAGCCUCUCCAUCGUUGCGCGCACUGCCUGUUACCCUCGCCACCAACGACGCAGCAAUGACGGUGGCCAAGUGCGCCGGGCUCACCCAGGCUGCAGGCUUGGACCACUACGGGCUCACGAACGGGCACACCUGUGUCGGCGGCGUCAACCGGCAGCAGGCGACCCAGUACGGCUCGCUGCCCGAGUCCGCAUGUGACCGGCCUUGCCCCGGUGACUCCCGCCAGACCUGCGGCGGUGGCCCCAUCGACAGCGCCGACAGCGCCGGCACACAGCUGUCAGCCUUGAGCCUCUACUCAUUCAACCCCGCCAGCCCCCCACCGCGCCCGCCGCCGCGCGCACCACGCACCAGGCCCGCCCGCCCGGGCAGCGCUGCCAAGCCGCCCUCGCCGGCCCCGCCUCAGCCCACCCCGCCGUCGCCCUCACGUCGGGCUGAGGCACAGGCCCUCACCCGGACGGCCGCCACCGACCUGCCAGCCCUCCAGAAGGACGUCAGCCCAACCAUCAACGGCAUCCCCAGCGCCCGCAGCCUGCUGCUGCUCAGCCCCACUGCCGUGCCGGUCUUCACGGCCACCCUGCUGGGCGCAUCUGCUGCGGAGCUCAGGGCGCCCGUGCUCGCCUCGGCGCGUGUGGGCAUGGGCCGGCUGGUCGCGUUCGGUUCUGAGGCCAUGCUCACAAGCUGCUGCAACCAGCCGGGAGCUGCGGCUGCUGCUAAUGGUACCGAGUCAGCGGCCGAGAUCAACAAGAUCAUUGCCAACGCCGCAAACUGGGCGCGCGCGGCGGCUGGGGCUGCUGGCCGCAAGGCCAACAUUCGAGUGGCCGACCCACGCCUGGACGCCGUGGCCAGGUUCAUCGUGAGCAUGCUGCCCGACAUCUUUGCCAAGUCCCGCCAGGACUAUUAUAUGUCACUAACCACCUUUGCGAAGGGCGGACAUGAGAGGUGCGACGUGUACCUGGUGCUGGGAGCCGACCCGCAGCAGCGCUACGACACCAAAGUCCGCGACGCGCUGCGGAGCUUCCUUGAGAAUGGCAAGGGAGUACUGCUUGCCGGACCCGUGGUGGCGGACGCGGGUAUUUCAGGGGCUGCGGCGCCCGUACCGUCGGACGAGUGGACUCUGCCAGACAUCAUGUUUACGAAGCAGAACGGUGUUACGGCUGUUGCCUCCGCAACGGCCGUGGCACCUAGCGGCGUGGCCGCUGAGCAUUUCCGUGAGCUGCUGUCACGCCUACUGCAGAUCAAGGCCCGAAGCUCGAGCCCUGAGUUCAUCAGCUUGAAGGCGCGGGUGAUGAGGGCACGGUCCGACAUUGCCGUUACUGACAUGUCGCAGUUUGAUGAGGUCCUGAAAGCGAAGAUUGCAGAGUUUGAUCGUGACAUCGCGGAGCUGUAACACGUAUGCACUUCUGGGGGUAUGCUUGCUUUCCGCUUUGCUGCACAAGCACAAGCGGACAGCCGACAGUUAAUUGGGGGUUGUUAUAAGCGUGCUCCAAAGAUGAAUCCUAGUUGCUUGUGUUCUGCGCGUGGCGCUUGCUUGGUGCUUACUUCUGGCAGUGGCGGCUGCGUGCACGCGUCAGCGUGCGUGUGCAUGUGUUGCGUGCGGAGUUGAGUCGUCUGCUUUACACCAAAACACGGAUUUACCUGUAGGGUCGGCUUUUCAGCAUUCAUGCUUAUGUAUGUAGGUUUAUGUGAACCUAACCCGCCCAUUGUGAGCCUGUAAUAAGCCCGCCAG